AUGGCAUGCGGCCCUAGUCGUCCACUCUUGCAUCCGAGUCCCUUGCAACGGUUACAGACAUCGCUGGCACCCUUCUAUGACGAUGCUGCUUUGUCCGCGUCGACCGGCUCGCUGAGUACGUUCAGUGAUAGCGAUUAUCCCUCUCCAUAUGAAUUUCCGCAAACGCCAGACGAAUAUCCAUUUACUGAGCCACAUGCCACCCAAUAUGCCGACCCCUUCAACAGUUACUGGGGUUCUGCAAGCUCUACCGAAAGCCCCGAUUUUCAAGGAGCUCCUCGUUCGUAUCCAAUGCCUACCGACGAGAUGAGCUCCAGCAUGCGCUCGGAGCACAGCAACCGGAAUGAGCUUGACGACUACGAGAUUGUUGAGCCGAUCUCCUUCAACCCUGCCGGUUUCUCGGAAAUUUUCUACAACGGCGAGAUCUCCGUCGGUUCAGGUAGUCUUCCAGAGCCAGCGUAUCCUUACAACUUCUCCACAGAGCAGAACUAUGAGGUUGUGGACCCUUCUCUUGCUUCAAACGCUUCAAUCCCCCGGAGCCUUUAUCCAGCACAGGUGCGUCAAAUCUCGCAUCGGAUGCAGUAUCUGUUUGAUUACUACGACAAGGCCAUCUGCCCUGUGCUUGUAGCUUUCGACGGACCUAGCAACCCCUACCGAAUGCAUGUCUUACAUCUGGCAAUGGGCAGCGAAAGCUUACAAAAUGCUAUUGCAGCUCUUUCGACCAAUAACAUACGCAUGAGAAGCGGCCAAAGAACUCAGCAGAUACAGAGCCCGAACAUCCCUCAACUCGCCUCCCCAGCGCUCACUAACGAAGAGUUCCAAGCGGUUCACGGCGAACCGGGUCCGGAAGAACAAAGCUAUAAGCUCACCUCUAUCCAACUCCUCAACUCCCAGCUUGCGGACCCGGUCAAAGCCAAGGACGACUCCGUCCUGGCGACGGUGUUGAUCUUGUGCCUGUUCCACGUCUGUGACAGUGGCUUCACGAAAUUCAAGACGCAGCUCGCAGGCGUGCAAAAGCUCCUGAGCAUGCGUGACCGCCGCGUGCAAUCCGGAUUCCUGGGCUGGGUCGAAAUGUUCUUUACCUGGUUCGACGUCAUGACAUCGACGGUAAACGACCGCGAGAUGCAGCUCUCCGGAGACUCGCUCGAUAUGCGGGACCUGUCGGCGAAUCUGGGAGCGCUGGAGCAUCUGGCAGGCUGCGAAGGACGUCUCUUCAAGUUGAUUGCUCGGCUGGGGCGCUUGAACCUUCUCAGCCAGAACAGGCCUGUCCGCGAGCAGAAUGACAGGACGCCUCGGCCGAGCCCACCGCGGCCAAGCCCUUUGCCCAAGAAUGGGAACGACUUCUUCAGCAUCAACUACAGCCGCCUCGAUGGCAACGGCUGGGGCACACCUAUCACCGAGUCACCUCCUGCCAUAGAGCUCACCUCCAACGUCGACCUCCGCCACGAGUUCUGGUCCGAAUGGCGCGACAUCCGCGACCGCCUUCAAGAGUGGGAGAUGGACUCUCCGCCCCCGGCACCGCUCUCAUGCUCCGCUGCCCCUCCAGCACUGUCGCCAAGCCAGUGCGAUCUCCUGCACAUCAGCGAGUCGUUCCGCUUCUCCGCAUUGCUCUACAUCGAGCGGCUCGCGCACCCCUCUCUCCCGCCCUCCGCACUCAACUUCCAGAGUCUGGUCGCCCAGGCCCUGUACCAUAUUACCCAGAUCGGCGUCACGAGCUGCGUGAACAAGUUCCUGCUGUGGCCGCUCUUCAUUACUGGCACGGAGUGUGUGGAUGAGGGGCACAGAUCUAUCGUGCGCCAGCGGUGCGUAGAGAUCCAGAGGGAGAGCGGUUUCUUCAAUAACCUUAGUGGACUCGAAGUGCUGGAGAGGACGUGGAGGGAGGAUGAUGUGGGUGGCCCUGCUCUCUAUGACUACGGCACUAGGCGGAAUAGGCAGGCUUUUAGAUGGAGGAAGGCCAUGGAUCGGACGGAUGGGGAGUACAUUGUCAUCUGA